AGGUGAUCUAGUAUUUCGUAUAAGACUACCGUUACAUCCAGAAGUCGGAAAAUUUGAAUUUUGCCUCGGGACACCCGAGCCUACUCCCAAGGCAAGGGCUGCUACAACCUCCCCUACUGACAAAACAAAAUUCACCCGAUCUUUUGGGUGUUAUUCCACAGAAAUCAAUAAAAACCUACACAUCCGAUCUCCCCAUUUGACUGAUUUCAUCACAUUCUUUUGUUGUUUAAACCAAAAAAAUCUCGAACAGGAACAAAUUCUGUGAAUUUACGAGGGUUGUGUGAGGUUAAAGAUUUUAUGAGGAACAACAACAACAACAUAUCCGGUAACCAAUGUCUCCGUGGGUUUUCGAAAGACUGGAUUCACUGAAUGCCGGAGAACCAACAGCCGGAGAACAAUUUGAACCAUUUUCCACUUUACAGUCAACUGUAAAUGCUGAUGGUAGGCGAUUUUCUGAUGUGACAAAUACCCAUUCUUUUUCAAGGAGAAGAAAAAACCCAGAGAGUUUAUGCUCAACACGCAUUUGCAACAAAGAAAAUUCAGAAAACCAGGAGAUAGCUUACUUGAAGAAUCUCGUUAUACAGAAAGAAACCAUUCUUGAAUCCACCAGACAAGAAUUGCAGAAAGCACUGUCCUAUUCAUACAAAACAUCUCAGCAAAACAAGCAGUUGACUCAAACCAAUGGCCAAAUAUUUGCGGAAUUAUGCGAUCUUAGAGAAAAGUGCAAGGUGCUAGAGCAUAAGUACAAUCAAAUGACUGCGGUGUUUAGACUCAAAAGAACGGAGCUUGAGGGAAAAGUGAGAGACCUGUCACAGAAACUGGAAAACAAGCACCCAAGCUUAACCAAGGAUUGCGGACAAAGUGACAAUCAAUUUCAUUCUGAACCAGGACAUUUAUCUUCCAGACAGAACCAGAAUUGUUCCUGUGAAAAUCUAGACCAGGACUCAAAUCAUGGCGAAAAUUCUCCAAGGACGAAUUUGCCCAAAAAAGAAGGAAAGAGAGAUGGUAAAAGGGAAGCUGACAGUUUCUCAAGAGCAAAUAUGUCAGUGAAUGAGGAUGCUCCAAAUGAAAAAAGGAUUUUUCUGAGAAGGCAUUCUACUCAUGUCAGUUACAAAGAACCUAACCUAAACACUAAGCUUAGGCGAUCAGAUCCAACUGUGUCUACUCAAAAGCUGCUCCAAAGCAAUAAUCACACUACUUCAAAUGUCUUAGAAAAUCUGGAUAAAGCAAGUAAAGGGGACAUUACAAAUGAGGUUGAAAGCUCUUCAAGGAUAAAUUUGUUAGCAAAUGAAGAAAACAAAAAUAAUAAAAGGGUAGGUUCAAAACAAUGUCCAUCCAGCAGUAUCAAUGGAGAUUUAAAUCUGAUUGCAAACACCAAGCAUCAAUCUAGAGUCCACCAGCAUCACUUACAAGAAAAUGCAGCUUGUAAUGAUUCAAUAUUUAACACUACCCUAGAUGCAGCAGAACUAAGGAGGUCAUCAACUGGAAGGCCAAUUCGGAAAGCAGUAGAGACUGUAUCCUCAUACAAGGAAAUUCCUAGAAAUGUAAAAUUGCGAAGGUCUCAAUGACUCUUACAGUUAGUAGUAGAAUUUUAUUUUUAUUAAAAUCUUCAUUGUUUAACUAAAGUGGGGGGAAUCUGAAUGAUCUCGUAGCAAAGGCAUCAAUUUGCUGAUAAAAGCACUUUACUGUACAUAUCUUCAUUCUUUUAGAUAGUUCUAACAACCAGAGGCAACAUUUGAAAUUAUUUCUUUUGGAUUUAGAAUAUUCUUAUUGUUUGGGGUUGUAGGCUCCCUUGAGAAAAUUUUUACCCAAAGGCCUCAGCAUGCCUGUUGAGAGUCUGGCAUUCAAUUUGUUUUCAAACUAUGAAAAUCUUAAAUGUUGUCUUAUAACAGAAUUGAUUCAUUUUGUAGGA